CAAGCAGUAGAUGGCAAACACGAUUUUGCUAUUAAAUUUAGAAGAGCAGCAAAAUUAAUUUGGCCCGCAGUGUAUAAUGCUUAGUGCACAAUGCUAUUUCUGAAAUGGGAAGCGCGGUUUUGGGGCUUAUAUCUAAUCUUCGGAAAUGUAAAUAAUACAGUGUCUUUCGCUGAUUAACUCUGCCGUGAGAAAUUGUCGAGUGGCAAAGCUGCAACAACCUUACCAGUCUUACCAGAGUGGAAUAAGUGAAAAAGAUCUGACCUGGCUUCCUUCCAAGUAUAGCUUGCGGCCAAAUUAUGAGCUCUAAACAACCCGCAAUAAAUUUUGGCGCUGGCCCUGGAAAAAUACCGAAUGAGGUCUUGAGGGCAGCUCAGGAAGAAUUUCUGUCCUACCAGAAUAUGGGAUUCAGUGUAACUGAACUGAGUCAUCGAUCACAAGCUUAUGCAGAAAUCAAUGGCAAUGCUGAGAGUAAUCUACGAAAAUUACUAAAUGUUCCUGUAAAUUACAACAUUUUAUUCGUUCAUGGGGGUGGACAAGGGCUGUUUUCGGCAGUUGCAAUGAAUCUAUUGAAACCGACUGGUACUGCCGAUUACGCGGUUGCAGGAAUUUGGUCUCACAUCGCCGCAACUGAAGCAAAAAAAUACGGCACUAUCAACUAUGUUUUUCCCAAGCCAUCAUCUUCCGGUAUUAUUCCAGACGAGGCAAGUUGGAGUCUUAAUCCCGACGCUUCAUAUGUUUACUACUGCGAUAAUGAAACGAUUCAAGGCAUAGAAUAUCCGUUUGUUCCUGAUACCAAAGGAGUUCCAUUGGUCGUGGACAUGUCCUCCAGCAUCAUGACCAAAAAAAUCGAUGUUUCCAGGUUCGGGGUAAUCAUAGCAGCAGUUCAGAAAAACCUUGGAACUGCAGGACUGGGUAUAGUCAUCAUCCGGGAAGACCUAUUAGGGCGCGCAAUGGACAUAUGCCCUUCCAUCCUCAACUUUGAGCUUCUCUCAAAUUAUGCCUCUAUUUUAAAUACUCCUCCAGUAUUUGCGGUGUAUCUCUUCGGCAAAGUUCUGGAAUGGGUAAAAUCCCAUGGCGGUUUGGAAGCGAUGGAAGAACAAUCCAAGAGGAAAAGCGAAUUGCUUUAUACCACGAUUGACGGUUCAAGCGGUUUUUACCAGAACUCAGUGCCUGUGCGGAACCGCAGCAAGACGAAUGUGCCCAUCCGCAUAAAGAAUGGCGAUGAAGGGUUAGAGGAGGAAUUUUUAAGAGAAGCUGAAGAAAAGGGCAUGUACCAGCUGAAAGGCCACAGUUUGGUUGGAGGAAUCAGAGUGUCUCUAUAUAAUGCCGUUUCAUACGAAGAUCUGCUCAUAUUGAUUGAUUUUAUGAAGGAAUUUCUAAAAAAUCACUCGGAAACUGGCUAGAAAAUUAUAGAACAUUUAAAAAUGUUCACAGUUUGGGACAGUUGAAACAUUUUUCGGUUUGUAUCGAUGUUUUUUUUUGAGCUCCUAAUGUGAAUGUGUGAAUGAACAUUAAUAAAAAAAAUUGCGCUUCACACCCCAAA